GGGCCAGGCUGGGGCAGUAGUGGGGGUUCUUGCAGCUCUGCAGCACGAGAUCUGAGGCUGCUCUGCACAGCUCCUAACAGAAAGCUGCUUCUCCAGUUCUGCAGACUUGGCUUUCUGCCCCAUAGCUCUUACCAGUGUUGGCCACUUUGCCAUGUUCAGCCAGAGAUGCUCCCAGACCUUCCUGGGCACAGUCAGAAGAGCAGAGGUCAUGAAGACCCUUCAUCUGGUCCACCCCCAGGCAGAAACCCUUCUUGAGAGUGACUUUGACUGCCCUGAGACAGAGCAGUUCCUUGAGUGGUUCUGCAAAACAGUGGGUGAGGAGAAUGUGCUGAGCCCAGCUGAGGUGCAGGCCUACAACACUCUGGUGGCUGCAGACAAGCCCAUCCUGGAAAGUGAUGAACUUGAGCAGGCAUUGCAGAAGUGUCACCAGGUCCCAUGGCUCCUACGUGUGAUACCAGAGGCUGAGGGACCCUCUCUAGAGGCCCUGGAGUGGGAGGUCCAGGAGCUGAAGGACUAUCGUGCAUGUCAGCUCUGGCGGCACAACAAGCUGCAGGUUUGGGCAGCCAGUCUGCAGCAGGAGCUUAGCUAUUUGCAGAAGGAGGAGAAGGUAGUGAAGCAGGCCUUGAGGAAGGCUCAAGCUGACCUGGAAGUGGAGGUUUUCCAAGCCAGUGCUGUUCUGAACCAAAUCAGCAAGGUUGCAAAGCAGCUGGUGAAUUGGCACUGGGAAGUGGGCAAAGACUGGUCACCAGUGAUGCUGUACGAGAUGGACCUCAGUCCUUACAUUGAGCUGGAAUAACAGUUGGCAGAUGCGUUUGAGCAGUUCUUCCAGCAGGUCCUGCCAGGGACUGCCCUGGCUCCUGAUGCUCAGGGGGCAGAUGUGCAGAGAGAGAGCAGUCUGCAGGAAAGGCUGGAGGCUUGGACAGAGGUGGACUUAGCCUGGGAAAUACUGGAGGGAAGACAAGUAGCUCUUUGUCCAGAGUGUGCAGAGACAGAUCAGGUGGCAGCAGAAGAAAGCCAAGAAAUAAUAGCCCAAGGCUCAAGGGCAGAAUUGCUAGCAGAGGGGAGCAGUGGCAGUGAGAUGCUGAGUAUGGGGGAUGCGGUGAAGAGAGGUGGCAGCCAAAAAGCCCCAGAGAGAACAGACACCAAGCAAACAAUGGUGGUGAAAAGCCUCAGGACCAAUGGAGAUGAGUUAUCAGGGAACCAAUGCAGUUACUGGAAGGAGCUGAAACAAAUGGAGAAAUCAUAUAUCUGUACCCAGAGGGAGGUUAUAACCAUGAUGGCCAAAGUGGAAGGCCACAGUGCUGUGCUGCAGUGGGCCCAGAAGACUCUGAAAGCUAUCAAGGAGAACAAGGUAGGGUCAGUGCUUCUUCCCAGCCACACUCGUUGUGGUGCGGUGUGACUGUGUCGCAGCAGUCCUCCCACCAGGUGCUGGAGCA